UCUGAAUCCGUAUCACGUGACCCAUGAUGCUUCUGCAAGGAUGUAGCUUUCAGCUGGACGAAUUUUAAAGAUAUGAAUUUCAAGAUGUCUGAACAUGGAGAUGGGGAUGGAGAGGGGAGCUCAUCUGCUGCUUUCAGAACAUCAUUUGCUGUGGGUAGAGGACUGCCAGCCCGAAUAUCACUGAAUCCCCCUCCGCCAGGCAGACUGACCUCUUUGCGCUCCAGAGAUCUGACCCUGGGUGGAUAUAAAAAGAAAACCUUUGUACCAAAUGUUCACUCUGUUCGCAAAACUAAAGAUGAGUUACAUGAGGAGACUCGCACUGCACCAAAGAGAGAGAGAAGAGAGAGGGAAGACAGACAAAGAGAGAGACGGCGACGAGAAAAACCUCAGACUAUUCAGUCUCACUCCAUCUUUGAGCAGGGUCCUGCAGACACCUACAGGAAACCAGGUAAUUGGUGCAGCUCUAACCUGGAUGGCUGUGAUCCUGCACUGGUCACAAAAUGCAUUAAAAAGGAAAAGAACAAUACUGAGGAUGAUGACAAUGAAAUUUUACAAAAACUCCAACGAGAUGAUUUUUUGGAUGAUCCUGGAUUAAAAAAUGAUCCCAAGCAAAGACCAAUCAGACUUCCACUCCAUCAGUCAAGCACAUUUUUGUCAACAGAGGCAGCUAGUUCAUUUAAAGAGAGAGCAUCUGAUAAUGUACUGAAAUCACCCAGAGCUGAGCAGAAAUACCCGCUGCCAUCGAGGGGAACAUCUGCAUUCCCGCAACAACCAACGGUUGGAGAACUUUUCCAGCAGUUAAGUGUUUCAGAUCAGGAAGAACUACUGCUUAUUCAACUUCCUGAUACCUUACCUGGUCAACCUAAAACCUCAAGCCCAGAGAAAACAAAAAAGGACGACAAAACUAAAGACAAGCGCUCAUCACAAAUUAAAACUCUGGAUCCGCCUGAUAAAGCCGCUGUACCUUUGCUCUCUGACUUCUCAGAGGGUCUGAUUGGAAAACUGCAAAUUAGAAAGUCUGGUAAAGUCCAACUGGUCAUGGGAAAUGUUACAUUAGAUGUCUCAGAGGGAGCGGCCUUCUCUUUCCUACAGCAACUUGUUUGUGUGCGGCUGUCGGAGGGCCUCACCGGGGACAUGACUGUGCUAGGAAACAUCACACACAAGCUGGUGUGUUCACCUGAUUUUGAGACUUUACUGCAAGAAGCCAAAUUGCCAUCAGAUCUCUGCUCGGCUUCAAAGUCCUGAUUUUUCAAAGUCCACAAGAAUAUUUCAAACAAAUGUAAAUAACUGUUUUUAAAUGUAACAUUUUUAAAUGAGGU